UAUCAUAUUAGCCAACCAGGUGCUUGCUAGAAAGGCAAAAUAUGUUACAAAAUCAAGUAAGGAAUGCUUCAUGUAUUGCAAUUUACUAAUCUUUAUGAGUGUGAUAUAUCUAUUGUAUUUAAAAUUUGCAAACAUAUGUGAGAGCUGCAUAUUUCAUACAUACAUUGUGGAAAGAUCCUGGUUAUGCAGAGCAUUUCAGUCAGAUUAAAACUUGAACUUAGAAUUACUUUACUGCUUAAAAUGCAAAGCAUUUUGUUAAAACUUAAUCUAGAAAUAAUAGUAAUCCCUAUACGUACUUUUUUUUUUAUCUCAGGUCAGUGUGAGCCACUAGCAAUGGCACUGACUCUUCUUCCCAACAAUGCCAUGACAUUCACAGAGAACCAGCAUGGCACUGCUGUGCUGGAAAAGUUACGAAGUCAGCGUGAACUCGUCCGGUGCUGUGAUGUUAUCCUCCAUGUGGCUGGCAAACAAUUCCAAGCUCAUCGCUGUGUACUGGCUGCUUGUUCCCCUUACUUUGAUUCCAUUUUUAAAGCCAGUAAGACUGUCAAGGAGCAGUUGACCAUCAACUCGCAAGAUCCUGAAGUAUUCCGUUGCCUCCUAGCUUAUAUGUACACAGGGACAGUUGUUGUAGACAAAACCAAUGUGGCAGAACUUUUGCGGCUGGCCAACAAGCUUCUCAUUGCUAAGUUAAAAGAGCAUUGUGCAGAAUAUCUUGAAAGAUACCUGGAUGCAGCAAAUUGUCUGACUGUACGUGACAUGGCUACAAAAUUUAACUUGGAGGCAUUAGGAAAAACUACCGGAACUUUCAUCCAGGCUCAUCUAUCAGAAAUAAUUGAGGGUGAAGAAGUGCUGGAGCUCUCACAUACCAGAUUAGAAGACUUUCUGAGGGCACCUAGCUGGCAGCUGCUUGAAGACCAGACCCUGUUGCUGGUGACACGCUGGGUCCAUCACUCUCCUAAGAGUCGUGAGCGAAACCUGCGCAGUCUCCUCACUUGGGUUCAGUGGCCCCGCCUCAACCCACAAACAGCCAUCCACCUCAUCCAGACCCACCCACUCUACACUAACCCCAGUUCACUGCUUGCAUUAUUCUUCCUGUUAGAUGCUCUCAAUGAACAUUCUCUGCUACCUGCCAACUUACUUGCAUCUUUCUCAAAACUGAAAGUCAAGUUCUGUCAAUCGACAGACUCGUUUGUGGACAAUGAAACCUUCCUGAGCCUUGCAAUAUCUACUGCAAUUGAUGAACUUCAAGAGGACCAACUUGGUAGUGGCAGAAGCCAAGAAACUGUACCAAAUGUCAGUGACUUUACCACUCACACUGCUCCACCUUCUCACACCCCACAAGAUCUUCCCUCAGACAGUGAAGAGGAUAAAACUAACCCAGCCACCAUUCAGUUGCACCAUAAAAUUAAUAACUUUCAUAUCAGUUCCAGAAGAGGAUGUGAUGAUCAAGAGAAUGAGCAACAUAACCAAUAUGACAUGUGCCGUAUCGGACACAGUUCUCAGGAUGUCCACGUGAACCAGACAAAUUUAAUUUUUUCUCAUCCGCCUCCUGUGUCUAAUGUUGUUGGUUGCCAUUCUCAUAUUUCUGAUGACUCUGUUGGGGAUGCUACUACAACAGAUGACAAGUUUUCCUGUAACAGUCAGGGACAUUUUGGACAGUCUUUCAUGCGAAAUGUAGGUGUUUGGCAUCAGGAGGCUCCCUAUGGUGCUGAAGAAUCUCUCUCAUCUGAUUCAAGUCACAUGUACCAAAGAAAAUUGUAUGAUCAAAACUUCAGUAUGAAAGUUCUUUGUUCUGAUUCCUACAAUUCCAGGGUUAACCCUUCUAAUGGUUAUCCUGUUAGAGAAAGUCCUAUUAAAAACAAACAAAGCUUUGCCAGUGCUGUAUCCUAUUACGUUAGCACGUAUAAUCCUGAUGAUGAUAUGACUGUCUCGGAUGACCAGAGUACGCAGUCAUUUCCCUAUGAUGAAAAUUUUAAUCCAGGUAUUAGUUUCUAUCCUUGCAGACCAACUGAUGUCAAAGACACCCAACAUAAUAUUAUUAUUGAAUCCCAUCAUAAUCAAGAAAAUUAUGCAAAAUCAUAUUACCAUGAUGAGUUGACAAACACUCAAGACAUAAACUGCAAUCAGCGAGAUAUGUAUUACAAUGAAAACUCUACGGAUACACAGAUGUCUAAUUGCCCACAAGACAUGACAGUUCAACACCAGUUCCCUCAGUGCUCGGAAAUGAAACAUGCUGUACCACAAAAUCAAGACAUAUCUGCAGUUGAAGAUUCAGCAGAUACUUCACUAACUAAUGGUAUACCAGAGAGACUUCUAGCAGAGGAUGCACACUAUGAACACUAUCCCUUAAAAAAUAACACCAUGAACAAAUUCCACAGAGAUAUGAGCAGGUUGGGUGAGGAUUCAAUGUUAACUCCAGGGUCCAGAGAAAUAGUUACACAAGAUUUGAUACUGGAUGGAAAGAGGUUAUCCUCAGAGUGUGGUUUGGAGACAAGGGGUAUUAUUACCCUUGUUGGAGGACCCAUGGAUGGGAAUUCUACUUAUAAAGGGUGCCCUUCAGAGUCAAUGGAUGGGGAUCCUAUGUACAUAGGGUGUGGUUCAAAUGUAAGGAGCAUUUUAACAGAAAAUGAAUCACUACCAGACAAUCAAAGAAGUCUUCAAGAUAAUACCUCCAAAAGUGUCCCAGUAGAAGAGCUUCACUCAGCUGUACCCUCAUCUGUCAAUAACACGCCACGUCAGGUCAAGUUUAAAAUCAACCGUAGUGUCAAUUGCAUCUCAGAGCCACCAUCAAACAUCAAUCAAGAGAUACCAAUUUCAUCUGAAGCUUCUCUUCCUGGCAAUACUUCAGUCACUAACAUUAUUGAUACAUGUAUAUCACACCUAAAAACAAAUGAACUCAAUCCUGAUGACCCAAAUGAAAUUCUUCAAGACAGUUUAAUAGACAGUACAGAGAAACAUGACAUCAAGACAGAAGCUGCUGAACAACUGGAAAGUGGUGAAUCAAAACUUAAGUCACUCAAUAAAUUUAAAGAAAGUAAUGAAGAAAGUGAAACUACAGAAACUGUAAAUAAUGAACCAUUGCGAAGAACUAGCAGAAGAGUCAAAUUGACAGAAAAGGGUAAAGACAUCAUCAUGACAGCAUCUUCUACAACAGAGAGAGUCUGCGAAAUAUGUCAGGCUUCCUUUCUUCGUACCAAAGAAUACUUCGUGCACAUGAGGGAGCACUUUCCUGGUCCGCCCCAUGGUUGUGACACUUGUGAUGCAUCCUUCAAGCGCAUCUACCACCUCCUGGAACACCGGGUUACUCAUCAGGAGAGCAAGACACACAAGUGCCCUCACUGCCCAUUUAGUUCACACAAGAAGUUCAACUUGUCAGAACACUUAACCCAACAUUCUAAAAAUAGAAAAUACAAAUGCAAGAUCUGUGGGAAUCUGUUUUCUCGGCUACAACUUCUGCACGUACAUGAGACAAAGCACACCACAGAGCGUCCAUUCUUGUGUGAGAUGUGUGGAUGGUCAGGAAAAACUAAAAAUGCUCUCAUUAUUCACACAAAAUUUCAUUCUGGUGAGCUACUCAGAUGCCAGUUCCCAAAGUGUACUUAUGCAACAGCUAAGAAGUCUCACCUCAAAGAGCACAUGCAACACCAUUCCAACAGCAGGCCAUUUGCAUGUGAUGUCUGUAAUCGCACUUUCAUCACCAACAGCCACCUGCAAAGGCACCUGAAGCUGCAUCUUCCUGAGAAGCCUUUCAAAUGUCCCCAGUGUGACUACUGCUCACCAAGGCAAGACCGUUUGAAGAUUCACGUAAAUAAGAAACACAUGGAGAAGGAAGUAGCCAAAGUAUCAACACGUAAACGGCAAACCAAAAAGAAAAUUUUGGAUGUUGUCAGCAACAGCGAACAUUCUACAGAGGUCACAAAUGUCAUUACAGCACACAUUGAGUGUUCACAGGCAGAUAUAUUUUCAGAUCUGGAGAAUACUAAUGUGUCUCUACAGCCACAGUUGCCCGGUACCCCUCCUCCAACAACCUUGUCUGAAUAUCCACCUAGUCCAACAUAUACCUUCCCAACUCAGUCUGCUCCAGAGGACUCCCUCAUGAUGGUACCUGAUAUGAGCUCUGUCAAUGAAGGAUUCACUCCUCUCCCUCAAGCCUCUCCACUUCAGCGUAACCUUGGAUCAAGCCUCAAUUAUGAAGGAAACUAUCACAGUCCACAGUACCAGACAUCAUCACACUUCACACCACUCUCACCUACUCAUGCUACGCUCUCAUAUGGUAAUGGACACCAGCAAGAAGAGAGUCCACUGAAUUUUGCUGCUUAUAUGAAGUAUGAAUGAAACCAGUUACAUCAAGCUUCUUUAAAUUUUCUUGUCAUUUCUUUCUCUAAAAGUAAAUUUAACUGAUAAAUCUUUCAGAGAAAGCUCCACAUAUCUCUAAACAUUUCAGAAAUUCCUACAAAAGUUUGUUUAAACCACUGCAAAACUAAACAUGUGAAUCCCUUUUCAUUUGUAACUUUCUUCUUUUAUAGCACUGGUUUUACACACAGUCGCAGGCUACUCAUAUUUGGACUCAGUCAUCAUUUGGAGCCUUGGUAUACCCAUUGUGCUAGUGCUGGCAAUACCAGAACAUAUAAAUAAAUGGUUCAUAGAACCAACAAGUUGAUAAAUUAGACACACGUGCAACAUUUGGGUAUCUUUAUUGUAGAAAUGUUUUACCACACAGUGGCUUCAUCAGUUUAGUACAAAGAAGAAUGGUGA